AAUGGAAGAAACACUCCCAAUGCUAAGCUCUCGCCGGCCGGAGCAGACUCCGGUGGGGCUUGACAACCUCCCCAAAAGCCCAAGAGUCCCAAUGGAGUUUCUCUCAAGGUCUUGGAGUGCUUCUGCCCUUGAAGUUUCCAAAGCUCUGUCUCAAGCCCCUCCUCUGCCUCCAUGCAUGAACUCCAAGUCCACCCUCAGCUCUUCUUCUUGCACCACCACCACAACAGCUUCUAUACCCGAAGAUGUCGCCGGAGAAUCUGAAGAAGUGACUCCAGUUCUGUCCGGGAAUCAGUUCUACUUUGCUACCUCUGCUACUUCUCAGCUAGUCCUUGACCGCAUUAUGUCACAGUCCAUGAGAGAGGAAGUGUCACCAUUAACAUCAGGGAGGCUUUCACACAGCUCUGGACCAUUGAACGCCGGAGGCUCAUUUGAGACAGACAGCCCUCCGGUUUCUCCAUCGGAGGAGUUCGACGACGUCGUUAAGUUCUUUCGCAACCACAACAGCAUAAACCAGUUGUUCAACAACGGCAGCCGAAGCAGCGCUGCGAAUGUCAGUAGUACCCCUGCUACCGGGGGAGCUAAGACAGUUGGGAGGUGGUUGAAGGAUCGAAAGGAGAAGAAAAAGGAGGAGACGAGAGUCCACAAUGCCCAAGUUCACGCUGCAGUUUCAGUGGCCGCAGUGGCUGCAGCUGUAGCUGCCAUUGCUGCAGCCACAGCCGCUUCGUCUUCAACCUCAUCAAGAAAGAACAACGAACAAGCGGCCAAGACAGACAUGGCUGUGGCAUCUGCUGCUACAUUGGUAGCUGCACAGUGUGCUGAGGCUGCAGAGGCUAUGGGAGCUGAGCAUGACCAUCUUACAUCUAUGGUUAGCUCUGCAGUCAAUGUUCGCUCUCAUGAUGAUAUUACCACUCUCACUGCUGCUGCUGCAACAGCUUUAAGAGGAGCAGCAACACUCAAGGCAAGGGCAAUGAAGGAGGUCUGGAACAUAGCAGCGGUGAUACCAGUGGAAAAAGGAAUGGGAAUUGGGGUCUGUGGUAAAGGCAACAACAACAACAGCAAUAGCAGCUUUAGUAGUAGUGAAGAGCUUGUCCCUGCUCCUAACACUUUUCUUGGGGCCUCUAAUCAAGACCUGCUUGCUAGGGGAACUGAACUUCUCAAACGCACCCGAAAAGGUGAUCUUCACUGGAAAGUAGUUUCUGUUUAUAUUCAUCGAACAGGCCAGGUGAUGCUGAAAAUGAAGAGCAAACAUGUUGCAGGAACAUUCACCAAAAAGAAAAAGAAUGUUGUUUUGGAGGUGUGCAAGAACAUGCCGGCAUGGCCCGGAAGGCACUUGUUCGAUGGUGGAGAGCAGCGUCGUUACUUUGGGCUGAAAACAGAAUCGCGAGGAGUCGUGGAGUUUGAGUGCAAGAAUCAGAGGGAACAUGACGUCUGGACUCAUGGAGUUUCAAGGCUGCUCUCUAUUGUAGCCGAGAGAAAGAACGUGCAUUAA